AUGGUGAACCUGUUCAAGCGCAUGCGGAAGUUGAAGACUAUCCUCGACAUCCGUGCCGGCACCGGUGCCGCCAUCUUUCCCAGCACGGCGUCCGCCACAAAAGAAUUCCCCCCGGUAACCCGGCUGCACCUCACAUACGCCCGCAAGAUCUACGGGGGCCACCAAGGCGCACGCCACUUCUGGCGCAGCUGCCUGCCGCGCUUGAAAUACCACAAUCCUGGUGUGCGAAUGACCGUGCAACAAACCGACGAUCAAGACACCCCGCCCGCGCUGACGAUCUACUUCGCCGAGCGGCUCAGCAGCACCGCAUCCGCGAUUGUGGGCGCUAAGAAAAUCACCGACAAGCACGCCCCGGCGCCGGCGAGCGGCGAGCAGACCGCCGUAGUGGAUCUCAAGGACCUGAGCUACAAGGAGAUCUGGAGCCGGGUGCAGGCGUCGACAGGGGCGGAGGAGAUUCCUGCUAGUGCGGAGGACGAGGCGGAGCGGAAGCGGUUGGAGGCUAUUACGGCGAAGGCUGGGAAAGAUCGCGAGCGUAUACAGGGGAUGCGGCAGGCGAAGAAGGAUCAGGAGCGCAUGCUGGCUGAGGCCCGUGGUGAGGUUGAGAAGCUGAAGCAGCUGUGA